AUCGAAUACGUUAAAUUUUAACAUUCAUAUUUGAACAGUGGCAAUAGUCUAAAAGUAAAAGUGAAAUGUUAACUGCGUUAAAAUGCUUCAAUUAUUUAAUAAUCGGCUUAACAGGCAUCCUAACCACAAACGCUAUAACACGGCAACAAUUUGAACAAUCAUUAGUAAUGAUGCGUAAUGGAUGCGCUCCUAAAUUUAAGCUAACAACCGAGCAACUUGAUGGCCUACGUGUCGGUAAUUUCGAUGCCAACAAUAAGGAUUUAAAGUGUUACACGAAAUGCAUAGCCCAACUGGCGGGAACGUUAACGAAAAAAGGAGAGCUUAGCGCACAAAAGGCUCUUGCACAAAUACCAAUGAUUUUGCCUACCGAAAUGCAGGAGGUAGCCAUUGCAUCUUUAGAGCACUGCAAAGAUGUUCAAAAGAAUUAUAAAGACCCUUGUGAUCGUAUGUUCUUCAUAACCAAGUGUGUUUAUGAGUUUGCGCCAGAUGAUUUCACAUUUCCAUAAACAUUAAAGAGAUGAGAAGAGAAAUCGUACCAACAAUG